AUGAAGGAGAAGAAAAUGGAUUCCAUCCAAAGGGUUAAACCUAUUUUUUCAUACAUUUAUCCUUAUUCAGGUUCUAGUCAGUAUCAAGGGUAUUCUGAUUUUCGUGGCAACUUGCAACAAGCAAUUGGUACUCACAUGGAUAAUACCAUGUCUUAUUCGUUUGGUUCUCCAACUGGUAGCUAUGGAGGGAUGCAUAUGCCAAAUACACCCUCCCCACCACCUUCAUUUGUUAUGCCAAUGUCAAAUCCACCCCUCACAAUACAACAACUUAGGAUGAAUAAUUAUUUAGGUGGCAAUCAAGUUGUUGUGCCGCCAAUUCUUCAAAGACCAAAUACUGUAGAGUUAGAACUUUUUGGUCAUGCUAAUCAAACCCCUCCAUUCGGUGAGGAUACAGAAGGAAGUUUCAAUGCUCAAUUUCUGUCUCACGAUCUUCCAAUAGAAACACGUGAUUUUAUUAGAGAAAGUCAAUUUCUUAGAGAGGUCAAUGUGUCUUCUUUAUCAACUAAAUCCACAGUGGAGGAACUCGAUUUAAAUCUAAGACUUUAA